AAUGAGAAAGUUUGUCUAUGUUAUCAGAUACACAACCUUGAUAUAGGAACAGAAAAUGUCAACAUAACUGAUCGAAACAGACGACAGUGAGGGGCUGAUGGUGUCUCAGAGCACUGUACCAGGUUAAACUGGACAGAAUCUUUAAGACUAUCCAGAUUUUCCCCGCCCACGGCGGUGUCAUUCAGGGGAUACAACAUGAGAUGGCAUAAGAAGUUCAAAGUACUUCGUUGUUACAUACUUAUUCUUGGAUGGCUGGGAAUAAUACUGCUCUUCUUGUCAUAUUGGAGAGUGGAGUCAGACACUGCUCACCCUCCUCCUCCCCUCAAAGUCAACAGUGGGUCACAGCCAGUGUCAAGCUCACUGUUGCAAGAGAAACCAAGAAGUAAGAAGUUGCGACACCAGUGCAAUCCACCUGACCGCAUACAGAGGCACCAGGAAGGUGUGUUACCCCCGCAGUAUGAACUUAGCGGGGUAAUGGUUGUCCUCCGCCACGGUGAUAGGGGACCCCUGCUGCACGUAAGGAACCUCUCUAGUAUUAACUGUGGUCACAAAAGCUAUGGAACACAAGUUUAUAAGAAGUAUGUUACGGAUAUCCUAAAUGUCUCUAAGACCAAUACUUACAUUAAUUUUGUUGGGCCAUUCAUGAAGUAUCCAUUGCUGCCAUUGCCAUCCAAGUGUGGUAUUGGGCACCUCACUCCUCAGGGGGUUCUUCAGCAUUUGCAGCUUGGGAAGAUAUUGAAAGAGAUAUAUUUCUUUGAAUUCAAUCUUUUGGGUAACAAGCAAGAAUUAGAUGAUAUUAUUGUUUACAGCACAAAGUAUCGACGUACAUUCCAGAGUGUUCUAAGUUUUUUAUAUUCGUUCAUACCAGAUUUUGAUAUCUCUAAAAUUCGGAUGCGUGAAGGGAAAGGAGUUAGUUUUUGUGAGAAUGAUUGCCGCUGUGAGAAAACUGAUUAUUUUGAUCAGAAAUAUGAUCAGGAACGUAAGGAUUACCGUAAAUCCCACCCUGGCGUAAUUGAUCUCGUUCGUAGAAUUAAUCCGCUGAUUAAGGCAAAUCCAGUGGCUGAGGACAUUGUUAAUCCACUGGUAAUGCGCGAUGCACUCCUAUCUUAUGUCUGCCAUGGUGCUGCAUUGCCUUGUAAUGAUGGGAACUGUGUAAAGGUGGAAGAUGUAACCAGUCUUAUAGCUUAUGAAGAAUGGGAAGGGAAACAAAAGCGUACCUCUGCACAGCGUAAGGCUGCAAAAUUGAGAUCCUAUGGACUGUUGAAAAAUAUUGUGGCCACCAUGGAUGGAAUGAUUGGAGAUGCUAAACCUCGUGUAGUAAUUUAUUCAGGCCAUGACAAAACCCUUAAGUAUUUACUUGACAGUCUUGCUAUUCCCAACUAUCAGCUUCCAUACUAUGCUUCUCGUUUGGUGUUAGAACUGUAUCGCAACUCUUCUGUCACACAGACUUCAGACUAUCGCACAAGUUACUUCUUUAGAUUUGUUUACAAUGGAAAAGACAUCACAAAGUCCAUUCCAUUUUGUGAUAGUAUCACUAUAAAACAGCUUAAAUCUGGAAGUGUGAAGCGAGGAACUAUAAGUCUGUGCAGUGUGAAUAAAUUGGAGACAUAUAUCAGACCAGAACUCUAUUUCAAAGAAUUUAAUGCUGCCUCAUUUCGGGAUGCUUGUCGGAAAUGAUUUUCAAGCCGUACGCCAAGAUGAUGAAGGUUUGGUAUUUUAUUAGCACAAUUCUAGUCGUGAAUUAUAGUCAGUGAGGUUAUAUCAUUAAUAUUCAGUGAGAAGCUACAUUGUCAGUAUUAAAGAGAGUGUAGGUUUAUGACUUGUGUAUAACAAUUUCUUGAUUUGUUACUGUAUUUUGUGUUUAUAGUCCAGGUGCCUCAGUGAACAGAAUAGUGUGAUGUACAGUAAUUAUAAGUGAUAAUUUACUUGUAAUACAAAAGAACUCCUUAUUAUAUAAGUGACAGAUAAGUACAAUACUAAUUUUUUUAUGAAAAUCAUAUAAGUUCAUCUUAUUUUGUGGUAGAAUUGAGUAGAGUAGUGGAGCCAUGCCACGUAGUUGUCUUUUUAUAGUAAGUAGUAGAACGCCAAGUGUAGUAACUCAUCCAGGUAAUGUUAAUACUAACUUAAGUUAUCUUAAUUAAAGAUCCAGCAUGUACAGUAUUCUUAUUUAAUAAGCUUAUUAACUGUAUAGGUAAGUAAUCUUAAUAUACUUAGAGCUUUACUUAAUCAUUCAGUUCAAUGAUAAUAUUGUGUAUUUUCAUGUAUUGUUUUUAGUUUAUUUUACCUUUGUGAGAUAUUAGCAAUACAAAGUUGAUUUUAGUCUACAAAGCUCAAUGGUGGUAGAAUGUUAACCACGCAAGUAAAUGUCACGGGCUCAGUGUAGGUUUAAGUUGUUUCCUUGUGCAUUCAACUAGGGAACAGUGAGGGAACUCAAUUAUUCCCUCCAGUUGGGAACUAAACCCAUGUUCAUCCAUAUGUAAGGCAAGUACUGUACUGUACUCUAUUACUAAUGUAUAUUGUAAUGAUACAGUAUUGGGAAUAAUAUAUCAGUGAUGAACAACUUCAGGAGUAGAGUAUUUACUUUAACAAAAUCUUCUUUGAUAUAUACAAAGAACCUCUAAUGUUCACUAAUUGUUACUUCAUAAAUGGGAGCAUCAUUAAUUUUUCCUUGGGGUGGGGGGGGGGGCAAAGUUAACAUCUGGACCCUGUUCAUGGAUUUAUAAAUUUAUUAUGGCUCAUUUGGAGGCCCCCCAUGGAAACCUUGGGGAGGGCGAGUGCCCCCCCCUCACCCCCCAAAUGACACCCCUGUUCACAAAAUGGAAUACUUGUACUUCAUGUCAACAUCACUUACAUACAGUAGUACCACGUUUGUAACACCACUUCUUUUCCUAUCAGCGGAGUUAAGCAACGUUGGGUCUGGUUAGUACUUCGAUGUGUGACCACUGUAGGGGUUCUGGGUACUCAGUUCUAACUACAGGAGCGAAGACAAACACCUGUAGAGUUUUGUAGGCUCUAUUUGACGGAAUAUACAGAGGUGCGCUACAAGCGCUGGCAGUCCCUACACUCUCUAUGGGUCAACUGACCUCUCUCUGACCUCUCAGGCGACAUGUGGCAAGUGAUACAUUAGCAGCUUCCAGAUGUCACCAGGCACAUUAUCUAAGCGUGUGGGACAUGAUAAAGGGCAUUGCCACACACUACUGACUAGAUAAGUAAUGUAUAUAAAUGGGGUAUAUACAGAGUACACAUACAACAUACAUAAUAUACAUGCAACCACCUGGCCCUAAGAACACCAAAUUCUACUGGCAUAAGGACUCUACUGGAAACAAGCCUCUCAUGGCUUUGUCAGCAGUCUAUGAUCAAAUUGACUGAAUAUCAAUUAUUCUUGACAUCAAGUUUGGCAAAAAUCCUAGUAAUUCACAUAUUUCAAAAACAAAUUAUCCCUUCACUACAGGUCACCUCUUCUAAUAUUCUAUUAGAUGUGAGACACACACACACACACACUUGGAUACAAGGGAUUAAAAGACAAAUUUUACAACAACAAUUAUAUGACUGAAUAUUAAUUGGUUAUUUUUGUCAGGGGUGAGGGAUACAUAUACUUUGAGCAUUUUGUCUGAGUAUAAUUGUCUAUACUCUGUAUUUAUAAUUCCUUGAUAGUAGAGAAUGAACACCAUCCUACCAUACAUGUGUAUACCUGUACAGUAUUAGCAAGACCCAUAUGAGGUCAAUUGUCUCCCAAGAUGAUACUGUACUGUAUAUAGAUGGCAUAUUGUGCGAUGUCUCGGAUUUACAGGUUCACGAGUCUCAGGGCUCACGGAAGACUGACAGGACUUUUUUCCAUGUCUGUACAUACCUGGGAUUUUGGGUGCAAGGUCCCAGUGUCCAUUGUACUCAUCAUAUAAGUCACUUGUUGAUUCACAAAAUCAAUACUUUCACCAUCCUGUUAUUCCCCGAGUUGUGUGAACUAGAGAGGUUCUUCUGUUUGUCACAGUUUCGUAUGAUUAUUCAUGGUAAUUAUUGAACACAGGCUCUCAGCUGGACAGUACAAGUCUUACAAAAUACUAACAUGGAUUAAACUGAGCUUCAUUGUUAUUAGAAUCUUUGCUAACACUGCACAACUUUACAUAUACUGUACUGUGCUUGAUGAUAAUUGCUAUAGCCAGAGCUAUGAAUAUCAUUGCUGUACAAUACUGCACAAGUUCCAAUAGUAAUUUAUAUUUAGAACAGUUUCACAAAGGUUUUAUGUAAAUUUUUACUGUAAUUUAAAAAUAAGAAGUUGUAGUUAACUAUGGUUUAUUCAAUAAGUAAUGGUUGGUCUAUUUUUAAUAUAUUCUGAUAACAGACUAAAGGAUACAAUGCUUCCAGUGAGUCUCUUCUUCAAAUGUCUUUCUCAUGCACUUUGUAUACUAAUAUAUCCAGAUAUUUCAGUGGUGUAGUUGUAGAUCUCAUUUUCAACAUCUUGAAUUCUAAAGUGACAACAGGUUUCAGUGAAAUUCACUAUUUCAGGGUAAUAUGUUUUGUCAUAAAUGAUAUAUUUUAUUUAGCAUGUUCAAUCUAGAGCCACAUUGUGGGUAAAAUUGUUAAUAAAUUUGAAGUGAAUCCCUAUGCUGUUAGUGGUGUAUCCAUUAGAAAGUUGAAUGAAACUAUUGCAUUUAAGCUUCAAAUGUGUUGUGUAAUACAUGUACUAUAUUUGGGAUUCUAGUAAAUAUACUGAACCGGUGUGUAAGAUCAUAAGCGAUGUGCACUCAUCUCUUUACACUUUCAUUUAUGUAAUGCAUUUAUAACUGUAGUUAACUUGCAUGAACACUGAUGUUUGUGUGAGGGAAUGUUUAUAAUGUGAAGCUCCACAUUGAACUAAAAUGCAUUCUUUCAGCUCAGGUAUUAGUCAGCCAUUUUGUUUUUGCUAUCAAAGUGGAUGUAUUGUCAUGACAGUUUUACGUCACAUGUCAAAGGCAAAGCAGUUAAAAUUAAAUGAAGAAUAUGUCAGACUUGGGAGUACUGUACCUAUAAUGAGGGUCAAUACAUUUCAGUAUACUGUAUUUAUUUUCCUUACUGUAUUUUUGUAGACCCAACUGCCAGACAGGUAUUCAUCUCUUCCAAAAGUGAAUGUACUGUAGUUGUUUAAGAUGAGAUAAGAAAUGAAUCCCAGUGUUACAGUGGUACUGUAUUAACAUAUAACAGUAUUUCCAAUAUAUAUUUACAGGAAUAAAUAUUAACUUAAUUGAAUUUAACUGUAACUUUAUGAAUUAUUUACCAAAACGGUUAUAUGAUUAUUUAAAAUAAAUUUGACUCCUGUAGUUUACAAAGUCUCACUCCUCCAUAAACAGGAGUGUACUUUCCCGGGGAGGAAAGGGUCUAUGUUAUUAGUGCCUCAGUAAGGUGAAUCAGGGACCAGCCCUGUAUGUUGAUUAUAUAAAGAGCAAUACUGUAUAAUUAUAAAUUUGUUAUACACCAAAUUUUUGUUUUUAUUAAUAAUAUUUAUUCAGUAGUUUUCAUGGCUCAAAGUAUUCAACUUUACCUUAUUAAAUAAACUUUUCAACUUAAUGGCAGCUUUGCAUCUACUAGUGAGUUUGGUAAUCCAGUGUCAUGACUAGCAGAGCAAUAAAUUUUAUAUAGUAUAAUAUAUAAUACAAAGAGAUGUCUUUGGCUGUAGUGUAGACAUAUCACUUGAUUUUUGUUAUCUGACAUCUGUCUGAUUUUGAAUUGUCCCUCUUAAUGUCUUGCAUGUACUGUACUGUACAAAGUUUAAAUUGUAAGGCAGGUGAAAGAACUUGGAGAUGGGUAGAAAAAUCUUACAUUACUAGUACGUAUAUAUAUAUACUAGUAAGACUAAAAAUUUCCCUGGUAGAUGGUCGAGGCCAUUUAUGUGGUGCAGUGAACUGUAUAUCACCAACCUGAGUCCAUUUGUGUCCCUCAUAUGCCAGGUUUUGCACUGAAGCUCUGCUAGCUGUUAGAGCCCCAAAUAACAAAUUUAUGAUGAUUCCACAUCUAACAUUGUAUCCAUACAGUACUAUGAUUUGGCAGAAGUAGUGCUCAGUGCCUUGAAAGACACAUUUUUGGUAUGUACAGUACUCUUAAAGAAAUGAUGACAACAAGUGUGUCAUGGUCAGAAACCUGACACUCACUGCAAGAACAGUGUUAGUGUAGAGGGAAAGAACUCUCGGUCAAAAGCACCCUCAAGUCAUUCAUCAUAAGAUGAACAAAUAAUGUUCUCAACUUUUUUUGAAGAUGAUGAGGAAACAACAGAAACCUUCCUUCUGAAUGACUUUAUGGUCUGGUCAGUGGACCCUUCUUGGAAUGUGAAGAUUAAAGAGGGUCUGUAAAUAUCAUGAAGAACAAAGAGCAAAUCACCUGUGUCAAAGGGUGAUCAGUAUUGAUCACUUACCCUCAAAAGGUAAUUUAAAGAGGCACAGUGACCCGGACCACUAAUAAAGCCUCACACAACGAGGAGCUUGUGAUAGCUGACUGCUGUCUAAUGUUCUCUUUAUUGUUCUUGUAAGGCAUCUGUGCAGUUUUUCAUCAUACACCUAUCCCUUAUUAUUCAGGAUAGAUAGCUUGCAGAAGCCCUUGCAAAUAGCAAAAUUUGUAAAUAUUGUACAGUACCAUUUUUCGUUUCCAUAAACCUACCCUUUUAAUGCUGAAAUAAACGAUGUAAUACAUGGUAAUCAUCACCAUAACACCAAAGAAUCAAUUUAACAAAUUAAAAUUAUAUCAAUACAGCACAAGAAGAAGUAUAAGUUUACAGUGUAGUUUAAUUUAUCUAAAGUUACGUUGAGGAGUCGGGGAUGGAGAACGAAGAUAUAAUGUCUGUAAACUGUCUUAAAAUUGUCCAUAUAGGUUAUAUUUUCAAGUUCCCUAAAAUUUUUAAUGUUUUUCAUAUUUUAACCCCUUCGCUACAGGGGAGACUACCUGUACUUUUAAUACUUUAUUUGGCUCUAUGCCAGACGAUUUUAUUCAGCACAGAGGGGAUCCCAUACAUGAGGUUAAAGUACAUAAGAAAAAAACAUUCGUAUUACUCGUGCUCAACUAGAACCAUCUCGAUGUUAAGAUGGUUUUAGUGAGAAUUUUUUACAUAUGUUGAAAAUUGUGUAUAAUGAGUGCAAAAAAUAUCAGCCAGUGUUUCACCAAGAACACAUUGUAUCAAGAAACAGUGAAGGAGGAGAAAUUAUAUAUUAAAAGAAAUGCAUGAACUUGGUGAAGGAACAACAGGUGACCUACAGCAGUGAGAGGAGGAAAUGUGCUAUCCUCAUAAUAUAUAGCAACACUCAAUACCACAAUUUAUAUACUGUACUGUAAUUCUUUUAUGCAUUUUUACAUUUAUUACAUACAUGGAGGUGGUGGUUAGCUGAUGCAGGGUGAGAUGAAGAUUAUGCACAUAUCUUUCAUUUGUUUUGUAAAAUGUAUCUGGUAUGCUGUAUUUGCAUCUAUUUAUUUAUUUCAUUCUUUGGCAAUUUACCAGCUUUAUCACUGCAAGAAUAACAUUAAAUUAAUUAAGGAAUUUGAAUCAUGAGUGUUGUGAACGUGCAACAAAGACAGUAUGUCUCUGGAUAUGUAGCCUAUUGUGUGUCAAAUGCCAAAGUUGCUUUGGAAGCUUCAAGAAGUUCUGAGAUGUAAUCAUGUACAGUUUAACAGUAAAAUACCAACUACCCCUAUUAUACUUCCAGAUGCUAUUCAGGAAUAGUCAAAACUGUGAAUGGUAAAUUUUAAAAUAACAGAGGAUGCCAUAUUUCCAUUUCAUUAACUUACUCUACAGUACUUCAAUUAACUUCUAAUUUUAUUUUCCCAUUCAUUUUGAUACAAAAUAUAAACAAGACUUCCUGAUUUGUGCCUCUUUAUCAGUUGGACUCUAUAAAUAUGCUUAAGCUACCCUUUAAUGACUUGGGAUUAUAAAAAAUUUAGUGUGAACUGUUCUUAAGGGAUUGGUAAUGUACACACAUUAUGAUCCAAGCAGCUCAUGCAUAUGUAUAACCAAUUUACCUACAGGUUAUAUUGAUGAACCUUUAGACAUUAGUGAGGCAAAUACUGUAAUACAUGAAUUCAUUACAGUGCUGUCUUCUGUCAUCUCAUAACCAGGUCCCCAAAAGGGGGAUCUUUAGAAAGAACAGUCACCACUGAGUGUCAUUAUGUCAGUAUGUGAUGUCCACACCUGUCACUUCACUCAGACAUAAGCUAUCAUUCCAUUACUUAUAGUUGCAGCCAUUGUUGCCACUGAAGCCACAUCUUAUAGCAGGAGCUAAAUACUGUUUGCCUAUUUUUUAGCAUUUUACAUUUAAAGGCUUGGCCACACAGGAAGCCAUUAUUGCCCAUGUUGUUUAUACUGUAUAUUGCAAGAGUUAUUUAAAUGGUGAAAUAGAUGAGUAACAUGACACUGAAAAAUUGGAAACCCUGUUCAGAGCUAAGAAGGUGGCUGGGAAGUGAGAGUACACUGUAGAACAUUAUUGGCAAAGUUUUACAUGAAAGUAGGCUCAGAUGGUUCAGGCAUAUGUAGA